GCUGGGCACAUGCACAGUGGAUGCCAUCAGGGGAUCUCCAGGCCAGGCAGCACCUGGACUUGACCCCUCUCUUGAGAUGCCCAGUGUGCCACAGAGCCUGAGCGGCAAGGCAGCGUCCAUAGGAAAACACCUACCCGUCCGCCCAGCAGCAAUGGGGACCGGGACAUGCCAAGGAUACACAUCUGGCCCACCCCGAUGGAGGCAGCCGCAUCGGAGGGCUGCCUUGCCCCAGGGUGGAUAGAAAGCCUGGGGGUUGAGCCAUGGGACGGGGCACUGGGGUCUGUCCCCAAAGCCCUGAGCAGCUUUGCAGAGGUGCUCAGUGCAGUAUUGCCUGUCCUGGCUGCCUCCUGAAAUACCGCGGGCAUCCCUGAAAUAAUGGCAGGCCUCAGUCGGGGACAGGCACCUCCUAGGGAUGCCAGGGCAAACUUUCAACCUGUUAUGUUGCGUACUAAUUACAUCUUGCAUGGGAUUACCCACCCGGAUGGGGCUUUCCAUGGCGCAGGGCCCAGCUUUUUGGCACGUCCCAUGUGUCUUCUAGGGAUGCCCCAGCCCAGCUCCAGGUGCCUGCAGACCUUGCAGCCAAAACCCCUGCUGAUUGCUAAUUAGCCUCAUUAGGGCAAAGGAGGGGAUGUACCCUGUUUGCCUAGAAGUCCAGGUUGCCCUACAGUGCAGCCCAGGGAUUUCUUACAGUGGCAGUGUGGGCAGGGAGCAGUGCAGUCACCCAUGGGCAGGGUGUCAGGGGGGAUGCUGGGUGCACUUUGGGGCUGCGUGGAGCAGUCUUAGGGGGAGAGGAGCAGCUUGCCUCCAGCCAAGGGGGUCGACCAUGGACUUCUGGCAGGGCUUUGUUGCAUGCAGAAAAGAUCAUUUUUCAAGACAGUUUUAAGUCUUAAGUGGUUUCACCUCAGAGAGAUGCUCAGUUGGGGCUGAGCUGAAAUAUGCCUUGUUUUGCUCUUAAAAAGAGCAGCCUCCUGUUCAGCAGACAAGCAGCUCUGGCUGGGACAUGGAAAGGACCAGGGCGGGGUGGCCCAGUGCCUGUGGGCUGGAAAGGGCUGGCUAACAGGCGAGGUGGAGGGGUGCAGGCAGGGGCUGCCACCCUGGGGCUAGGCAGCCAAGUACAGUGCAGAGGCAGCUCCUCGCUGGGAGCUCUGGAAACCUUGUUUGGCAGGAGGGAGUAGGGUUAUUUAUAGCAGGAGAACAACGAGCCAUACAUGGCCAGGGAGUGAUGAGGCGGCUGGCUGCCCAUCUUCAGAGAGCUGCAUCCCCGAGGGGCCUUUCACAGGUGCUUCUCUCACCUGCUUGCCCAGAGGGACCUGCUGGCAAGGAGGGAUGCUGUGAGGAGGGACACUGAAGCAAGCGAUGGAAAGAAAAGCACCUCCCGCCUCCGUGGUCAAGGAGGCAAGGGGGUCUCCAGGCCCAAAAAGUCAGAGUCCCCUUGCUGUGCCAAGCACUGCCCCAGGGUGUCUGGUGAUCCUUCUCCCAGCCAUGUCCCAGGCAGGGUGAGAGCAAGGUGGAGAUGGGUCCCAAGAGGGCAGGUUUGGACUGAGACCUUGCUAGGCCUAGGCUUGAGCUAUGCAAGAUGCUGCUGCUCAGACUUGCACCCAGCGUGCUUUUAGGACAGGAACCAGCAGGUCUUUUAGCUGCAACAAUCUCCCUUGAAAUGGCUGGUCUGGGGCUGUCAGAGGGGCUCUCUGGUCCUCCAGGCUUCACCAUCUCCCUCCUUGCCUGCAGUACGGCAUUGUGCUGGAUGCUGGUUCCUCCCACACAGCCAUGUUCAUCUACAAGUGGCCUGCAAACAAGGAGAAUGACACCGGGGUGGUCAGCGAGCACAGCAUGUGUGACGUGGAAGGUCCAGGUAUCUCCAGCUACAACAUCAACCCUCCGAGUGCUGGGCAAAGCUUAGUCCAUUGCCUGAACCAGGCUCUGAGAGAUGUUCCCACGGAGAAGCAUGUGAGCACUCCGCUCUACCUGGGUGCCACAGCUGGCAUGCGCCUGCUCAACAUCACAAACCACCAGGCCUCAGAUGCUGUCCUCAACGCUGUGUCGGCCAUGCUGAAGUCCUACCCCUUCGAUUUCCGUGGGGCAAAGAUACUGUCGGGGGAAGAGGAAGGGGUGUUUGGCUGGGUCACAGCAAACUAUCUCCUGGAGAACUUCAUCAAGCGUGGCUGGCUUGGGGAAUGGAUCCGGCCCAAGAAGAAGACCCUGGGGGCCAUGGACCUCGGGGGCGCUUCCACACAGAUCACCUUUGAAACCACGGACACUAUCGAAGACCCCAACAACGAGGUUAUGCUGAAGCUGUAUGGCCAGGCAUACAAAGUGUACACCCACAGCUUCCUCUGCUAUGGAAGAGACCAGGUCCUCAGGAGGCUGCUCUCAAAGCUCCUGCAGGCUGGGAACUACCAAGCAACCAUCUCCAAUCCCUGCUGGCCCAAGGGCUACCACAAAAACCUGUUACUGAGCAGCAUCUAUGACACCCCCUGCACAGAGAAGGAGAAGCCUGGCAUUCCCCUCAGCACUUCCGUCACCAUGGUCGGCACUGGCAAUGGGAGCCUCUGCGCUCUCUAUGUCAGCAAGCUCUUCGACUUCACCACCUGCUCCUUCUCUCGCUGCUCCUUUGAUGGCAUUUUCCAGCCUGAUGUUUCAGGAAACUUCAUCGCCUUCUCUGCCUUCUUCUACACGGUGGACUUUAUCCAGACAGUGAUGGGGAGACUUGUGCGCUUGCCCAGCGACCUGAAGGAUGCUGCCGAGACCAUCUGUGCCACCAGUUGGAGUGAGCUGCUCCAGAAAGCCCCCAAAAUGGAGAAGAGGCUGCCAGAUUACUGUGCUAUCAGCAUGUUUGUUUAUUUGCUCACCACCAAAGGCUACAGCUUCAACAACCAUUCCUUCCCCAACAUCGCCUUCCAGAAGAAGGCAGGAGAAACCUCCAUCGGCUGGGCUCUGGGCUACAUGCUGAACCUCACCAACAUGAUCUCGGCAGAGGAGCCUGCUUCCCACAAAAGCAUGUUGUACAACAACUGGGUCACCCUUAUCCUGCUCUUUGUGGUUGCCACCCUGACAGCACUGGUAACUGCUGUCUGCCUGCUUCGGCGCAGCAAAUCCAGCGCAAUCUAACCUCAGGGACAGGACAGGCCUUGCUUGCAGGACCCAGCACCAUCCCUCCUGUUGGUGUCUCCACAGCCUGAAUACGUGGGAUGCAGCUGGUGCUUAGAGACAUCCUCUUCUGACACCUGAUGCUGUCUGUUACAGAAGGAAAGCUGUCCCUUUUUGCACUCCCCUUGCUUUCAAGUUGCAGAAAGGAGAGGACAAAAGAGAACUGCUGACCCUGCAGAGCUCCUCCCCUGCAGGAGGAGAACAUCUUAAGGGUUUCCCAGUGCUACUCAGGGAUGGAUCCCGGAGCAGGCUUGAGACUUGGAAAACCAGAUCUGGGGUGUCUCUCUGCCACCAGGCCUGGGCUGGACUGGGCUAAUGGAGUCCAGACAACAGCAGGAGAUUUUAUUCUUAUCUGGGUGGGUAGGGAACACUGCUUAUGCUAGUCCUCAUAGCUGAUGUCACUAGCUCACCCUGGAGCUCCAGCCCAGUCCUUCAGAGGAGCUCUGGGCAUCACCUAGGAACUUCUGCUCUCUUCCUGGUGGAUGCACAAACUCCAGUGACCUUGCUGAGGGCUACACUGUGGGCCUGGACUUCCAUCUGCCUCAGCACAGAGGCUUCAGGUAGAUGUUUAACUACAAUCAGAAGAUGGGAGCAGGCAGCUUCCCAGCUCCCCCAUUCAGCAACCAGACACUGUGUCUUCCUCAUUCCUGUGUUUCCUAAACCAGUCUCCCUACUCGGCACCUCUCUGUCACAGGGCAAGGCCUAAAAAAACCUCUCCCUGCAGGAGGGAGAAGAUCUUUGGGGCCCCCUGGUGGCUGAGCCAGCACAGAGCUAGCAGACUAGCUCCAGAGCAGGGCUUUGCGCUGCUUUAGGAUUUAAGCCUUGCAUCACCAGCCAAGCCAGAUAGCUGGGAGGGUGUGCCUUCAUUUCCAAAUGAAUAAAAACAGGGAUGUGGGAAUGUGCAAAGGGUUAGGUUUUUUUUUUAAUAAUCGAAAAUAAAUUUUUGUAAUCAUUCCUAA